CAUGCCUACAAUGUUACCACUAAAAUCAUAAUUUUGGCUGUUCACCUAUAAUGGCCCGGUAAAUACCUCCUUGUUGGUUUUCCCACAUCGUUAAUGACAUGCCAGCGAGCAUGAUUGCUGGGCGCGGCGCGUCGGGUCUUUCAGGGGAAGUGGCUGUCGCUGACAGUCCUCUGGCCACCUUCGAAACGCUGACGCAAGCCGCGGUUAUCGCCGUCAUGGGCGUUGCCAUUGUCGUCUCCAAUCUCCUCAUCAUUGCUGCUUUCCUUAAUUUCAAAGGACUAUCAAACGAAGUCAUCAAUUAUUACUUACUGUCGCUCGCGGUGGCGGAUCUCCUCUGUGGGUUGUUCGUGGUCCCGCUGUCAGUGUAUCCGGCUAUCACCGGCCAAUGGAUGUUUGGUGACCUGAUGUGUCGGCUGGUCGGUUACCUGGAGGUCACCCUCUGGUCUAUCUCCGUAUACACCUUCAUGUGGAUCUCCGUUGACCGCUACCUCGCAGUUAGGAAACCUCUCCGAUAUGAGACGGUUAGUUUAACGGUGCAAACCCGUACUCGCAGCCAAUGUUGGAUGGUAUUCACUUGGAUCUCUGCUGCUAUGCUAUGCUGUCCACCAUUGCUCGGUUACAAAAAGGAAGCGAACUUCGACAAGGAGACCUUUAUCUGCAUGCUUGACUGGGGCACUACUUACGCUUACACAGCCACUCUAAGUAUGCUCGUCCUAGGCCCUAGCGUUAUAUCUAUCGUAUAUAAUUAUACUUAUAUAUUUUGUAUGAAACGGAAGUUGAACAGUGGUGUGCCAAUUCACGACAAAGAAUACGCGACUGCUCUAGCUGAGAAUCUAUCCAACCCCAGCCAUUGGAUGAGUUUCGUCUUAGUGUCUGCUUUCUGGCUAAGCUGGGCUCCUUACGCUGGAGUUAGAUUGUACGAAUACAUCAAGGGCGAGGAACUAAAAAUUCCUAUGUUGCACUUUGGCAUCGUCUGGGUUGGCAUAUUGAAUUCAUUUUGGAAGAUUAUUAUUUUGGUCUCGCUAAGUCCUCAGUUCCGGCUUGCCCUUAGGAUUUUAUGUUUCACAGCGUGCUGUCGCACCAAGGCACGUCUGCAGGCCGAACUCAUUGGUUUGGAUAAUGAUGACUGAACUGCAUUUCUUUCUGCAUAAAUUAACGACAGGGAUUACACUAAUGUAUGCCGAACAUAUGUAAAUUCACUUUAAACGCUGAUCCAUGUUACACCGUGCUGCGGCCGGGGCGUGACCCGGUCGUGCGCAAGGCAUAGCAUGGUCAUAUAUCUAUAUUAUGCUUUUGUAUGAAGUAAUUCAUGUUAGAUCGGGCCGCGUUCGUGUCUCGUGUUCCGGCCGGGACACGGACAUAAUACAGAUAUUUGACCGUGUUUCGGCACGGUGUAGGUAACAUGAAUCGGCAUUUAUGCGAUUCUAACCGUUCUGUAUUUGUCGACGGAGAAGUGAAUACUUAAUAUGCGCAUAUGUUAGCGAUCUUGUCGUUAGAUUUAUAAGUAUUUUUUGUGUUCUAACACAUAUUGUGUUUAAAAUAAUGUACAAAAAAUGAUGUUCAUUUUGCAGUUUUUUAUAGGGAUUGCUGUAUAAAUAUGUAUAAGAAAUCUAGUCAAGAUUGAGACAUGGCCAUUGUUUAAGGAAUUAUGGACAUUCCUUAAUGUUUAAAUAGAGUUUGAAAUCUGGCAGGUGAUAAUGUUGGAUGUGUGACAGACCUCAGCAUUCACUAUUCUUCCAUUACUUCUUAAAUAAUUAAUACACAAUUCACAAGUGCGUAGUACAUAGGUUUAAUGGAAAAACGAGAUGAUACCAAUUCCACUCAUUUACAUUAAAUUAUUACUUACUUUUAAAAUAAUAUAAAAUUCUAAAGAGUUCCUGACGGAACACGGUUGACAAUAACGCGUGUACAACAGUGCAGCAUAUGUAUAUGAUGCACAUGAACCACUAAGGCAAUACUUGUUCAUAUCAUUGUGUUCUUCAGAU